UGAAUUAUUAUUUUUUUACAUUAAUUUGAUUUCUUCUCUAAAUCAAAUUCGGAGAUUUUAUUCCAGAGUCUGUGAUACAGUUUUUUGAUAGCACUGUUACCCAUUGUUAUAAUCCCUAGUGUUCAGGUUUCAAUAAUUAGUCUCAAAUUUCUUUAAAGAAAUGCUUUUUUGGAUUGAAUCAAUUAUAUGUUCAUGUGCCUAUGUUUCUGAAACCUUUCAAGGUCCUGAUGUUCUACAACAUGAGGCAUUGGUGACUGGAGGCACUCUGAUGGUCAAUGAUGUUACCACUGUUGUGCAUCAGAUGGUUUAUUGUAUUCUAAUCUCAAAUUCAGAAUUCCCAGCCUUGAUGCUUUCCAGCAUCCCCCCUUCUCAGAGGUCUAAGCAUCACAGAUCAUGGAGAUGAUUUGUUUCUGUAGCCACCCCUCAGCUUUGGUCCAGUUUGUGCUCUGCUCUCUGACUCUGUACACCUGUGGUCUCACUGUGCAAAAUACUUUUGGAUCACACACAUGCUUUCCACACCUAACCUCCUCUUUCCAUCUCUUUGGUCCCUUGUAUGUUUUGCACUUGGAGGAAACUGCAUCUUCUUUUCUGGUUCUGAAUGCUGUGAACCAGGUCCUUGACCCCCACUUUAGGGUUUUACUCCCAUACAAAAACAGGCAAUUGGUAUUGUUAGUAUCCUUGAACUAAUUUCCUAUCCACUGGUUCUAGAUGGACAGUUUUCUCAUUCUUAGAUGGAUGUGGAUGACCAAAGUUAAUUUUUCAGAUGCAUUUCUUUACAUUCCACUUUGCCCAUUGCUUCUUCAAUUUCAUCAAUGAUGAUUGGAUUUUUCAGUUGCAAACCCUUCCCUUCAGGUUGGCUGUAGCCAAUGUGUUAGCUAUCUAUUUUUCAUAUUUGUAAUGAGGUAUCUGAUAUGUGUGUAGCCAACAUGUUAUAUGUGUAUCUUUCAUGAGGUAUCUUACAGACGUGCGUUACUACUGUAACUUGUCUCAUAUAGAUAAAGCCUACUACUGUAACUUGUCUCAUAUAGAUAAAGCCUACUACUGUAACUUGUCUGAUAGAGAUACAGGUUACUACUGUAACUUGUCUCAUAGAGAUACAGCCUACUACUGUAACUCGUCUCAUAGAGAUACAGCCUACUACUGUAACUUGUCUGGUAGAGAUACAGCCUACUACUGUAACUUGUCUGGUAGAGAUACAGCCUACUACUGUAACUUGUCUGGUAGAGAUACAGCCUACUACUGUAACUUGUCUGAUAGAGAUACAGCCUAUUACUGUAACUCGUCUCAUAGAGAUACAGCCUACUACUGUAACUCGUCUCAUAGAGAUACAGCCUACUACUGUAACUCGUCUCAUAGAGAUACAGCCUACUACUGUAACUCGUCUCAUAGAGAUACAGCCUACUACUGUAACUCGUCUCAUAGAGAUACAGCCUACUACUGUAACUCGUCUCAUAGAGAUACAGCCUACUACUGUAACUCGUCUCAUAGAGAUACAGCCUACUACUGUAACUCGUCUCAUAGAGAUACAGCCUACUACUGUAACUUGUCUCAUAGAGAUACAGCCUAUUUCCAAGUCUAGAGUGUACUGUAACUGUUUUUGAGAGACAAAACAAUUAAUCAUUUUCUACCAAGUUAACAAUUUCAGAUAUCUUACUUAAUAGAGUUUGUAAUGAUAUAAAUACAAGUUUGUGAAAAUAUAUAUUUUAUGUUAGAAGUGCAAACUUCUUU